AUGGCAGCAGCCUUCAACAUCAUUCCCGCCCGACAAGAGGACGUCCCGCUCCUCGCCGCCAUCAGCGCCGAGGCGUUCGAGUCCGACUCGCAGACCGAAAUGAAGAGCCACGGCAAGGUGCCGUUCAACAUGAGAGAGCACGCGCUGCGGAGCCUCCCCAAGGAGCUCCAAAACCCGGUCAUCCGCAUCAUAAAAGCCGUCGACGACGAAAGCGGCGCCAUCAUGGGCUACUGCACCUGGGGGUUCCGCGGGAUCCAGCCCCCGGCCUUUCCAGCGGACAAGGUCACCCCGCCGCCAGACAGCGCCGACACAGCCGACGGGCCGCGCGGCGCCCGUGUCAACCCGCCCCCUGCCCCCCUCGACGCCGAGUCCGACGGCGUCGCGCGCCUCGAGAAGCUCACGGGCGACGACCUGCAGAACUGGAUGGACCUGGUCAUGCCCUCGCCCAAAGAUGAUGCCGGCAACAGCAGCAGCGAAACGAAGUGCAUGUUCGUCAUCGGGCUGUCCGUGUCGCCAGCGUUCCAGCGGCGCGGCGUCGGCGCCGCGCUACUGAAGUGGGGCACCGACCUCGUCGACGCUUCGGAUGCGUUCGCGUGGGUGCACUCGUCGGCGGGCGCGUGGCCGGCGUACGAAAGGGCCGGGUUCAAGACGGUGCGCACGCUUGACGUCGACCUCGACGAGUAUGCUCCCGUGCCGGCGCCCGCGGACCGUUUUGAGGGCGGCAAGUGGGGGCGUUAUGUUUUCCGGUAUAUGAUCUAUGGCACGCCGCCUGAGAUGGCGUACUUGUGA